UUUCACCCAAAGCGGAGAGUUAAAAGAAGCCAGCACUGAUCAUGUCAGCUAUGCACUACACUACUGCAUGUAUAAUCACUUUUUUCUGGUACAUUUCUGUAUCUGAAGUGCAAUCAGGAUAUGACUAUGAUUAUGAUUAUGGGGAGAAUGAGCCCAAAAACUGCACCACAUCUGAAUCCAUUAUUGGAGGCACGGUGAAGUAUUCAAAUGGCGGUGUUGUGGGUAGUCGGCUAAUUUAUCACUGCAGCGAUGGAUUUGAACCUUAUCCAAUCAGCCAAAAAGUCUGCAGCUCUGAUGGAGAAUGGGAGCCAAGAGUAUCCAGGGUCAAAUGUGAAGAAACCAGUGAUUAUGGAGAUUAUGAGGAAACACAGAAGAACUGCUCGUUGGAAGUGUCCAUAAAGGGAGGUAGUGUGGCCUACUCCAAUGAGGGAUUGGAGGGGAGCGUGCUGACCUAUCACUGCAAGGCAGGACACUACCCUUUUCCAGCAAUGCAAAGAGUCUGUGAAAGAGAUGGCCAAUGGUCAGCCAUGAGACUCCCAAAUGGAAAGAGAACACUCAGUGCUGUGUGCAAGGAGAUUCUUUGCCCUGCUCAGCUUCAGCUUGACAACGGGCAGUUCUGGCCAAGGAAACAGUGGUUCAAGUUUGGAGAAAAACAGACCUUUUCAUGCCAUGAAGGAUUUGAUUUGACUGGAUCUGUUGAGCGGAACUGCACUCAGUGGGGUGGAUGGACUGGUGCAACACCAGUGUGUGAUGACCAGACUGAGGACUGCAAAAACCCAGGGGCCCCUCCAGGGGCCUUACGUUCUGGGGAACGCUUCCGUAUUGGAGACCGAGUGCAGUAUCUGUGUCAGUUAGGUCUGGAUUUGCUCGGCCCCUCUGAAAGGCAAUGUUUGGAUUCAAGGGAAUGGAGUGGGCCAGAACCUCGCUGCUAUGCCCAGUACUCAUUUGAUCAGCCAGCAACCGUUGCUCAGGCCUUUGGAGGAUCUCUGACUGCAGUUAUGGAUGUGUCACAUCCUAACUUUAAAAAGAAAGGGCAAUAUUUGGGUAGGACUGUCAGGGUUGAAGAUGGUCGGCUGAAUGUCUUCAUCCUUAUGGACACAUCAGGAAGCAUUUCAAAGGAGAAUUUUCAGACAGCAAAAACUGCCAUUAUUGAACUUGUCCGUAAGCUGGAUAGCUAUGAAGUCCACAUGAAAUUUGAGAUCAUCUCAUAUGCCAGUGAGCCCAAGGAAAUUGUGUCCAUUACAAGCAUCGACAGUCAAGAUGUGAAUUAUAUCUUGCGGAAAUUAGAGGAGUUUAGUGCCGAAAGUCAUGGAAGUAAGAAAGGCACUAAUCUGUAUAAAGCCCUAGAAAGGGUGUACAGUCAGCUUGCUUUCCUCAGGGAGACCAAAAGAAAUCAGUUCAAUGAGACUCAGAACGUUAUAAUCAUUACGACUGAUGGCCACUCAAAUAUGGGACCCAGCCCACAAACCAUGUUAGCUAAGAUCCGGAACUUGUUCGGCUACAGACCCAGCAGUGUAGACCACACACAAGAGGAGCUUCUGGAUGUGUAUGUGUUUGCUGUCAGUGGAGAAGUUAACAAGAAAGAUCUCACAAGCAUUGCCUCUUCCAAGAAAGAUGAGUUGCAUUUUUUUAUUUUGAAGGACUAUAAACAUCUGGGAUCUGUGUUCAACCGAAUGAUCAGUGAUUCUGCUGUGACUAAGUGUGGAGUGGCACAAGAGCAAGAGGACCAGGGUGAGCAAGAGAAGCCCGAAAACACUUACACCAGACCUUGGCAUGUCAAUGUUCUCUGGGGAGCUAAAACAUGCAGAGGGACUCUAGUGACUAAGAGCAUGGUAUUGACAGCUGCUCACUGCUUAAUAAAGGUGAAUUCAGAUGAAUCUGUAUCAGUUGCCAGUGCUGCUGACAUAACAGUUCACCAUGGUAAUGGUCAAGUUAAAGCCAUGGAGUUGAUUCUUCAUCCACUGUUUAAUGUGAAAGGCCUUAAGGACAAGAAUGUAAAUGAGUUUUAUGAUUACGACAUUGCUCUGGUUAGGAUGAGAGAAAACAUUACGAUAUCUUUGAAGGCAAGGCCCAUUUGUUUACCUUGUACCAAAUCAUCAAACCGGGCUCUCAGAAUGGAUCCAGACUCUACGUGUGACGAGCACAAGAGAUCCCUGAUUCACCUGGAAGAGACUCCGGCUAACUUCAUCAGACAGGGAACUCAUCGAGCAGACACCCACAUACAUAGUGGUGCAAAAAGAGGUGAAUGCUUAAAGAAAGCAAGAUCCACCUUUCCUGCAAACAGCAGCGCAUCUCUGUCAGAAGUGAUCACAGACAGGUUCAUGUGCACUGGAGGAACAGAGUCAAUCAGACAUGAAAUGACUUGCAAAGGGGAUUCUGGAGGAGCUCUCUUUCUACGUAAGAGGAUGCGAUAUUUUCAAGUGAGUGCUUUGUAGUUUGUACUUGAUAAAAAGAAGAGCCCCCAAGGAGGAAGUGAAAGU